AUGGAUGCAGCCGACCAGUCUUCGAUACCGACUGCGUUGUCGCAACUCACCAAGGUUCCGAUCGCGCAGUUGGCACCUACUGUGGAGCAGAUUGAGGAAAAAUGCAUCGACGCAACAAUCACCCUUAUCUGGCCAUAUUCUUCUGUCAGACAAUCUCUCAGCCUUUUGCUUUCUGAGCCUGAUUUUAGCCUCCGCAGUUCGCAUGGUACAGUGAAGGCGACAUUCCAUGGCCAGGCUGCAGAGAAGCUCGCGGCAUCUCGUGUUGGUAUCUAUGAAAAUAUUCGCCUUUCGUUAAGGGGCUCAAAAUUUGUUGCAAAUGAUUCAGCAGAGACAUCUGAAAGUUACAUCGCGUGGGAAAUACACUUCGAAUCGGCACUGUCCCUAGAGAUCAAACGAACACCAAAAGACUCCGAGUCGUCCGUCAUAUUCAUCGAGCAUGAUGAUCCACAGCCAGAACCUGAACCCGAGCCCGAAAAGCCUCCGCCCUCAACUCCCCGCGUCGUGACCCAGGAACAAACUACGUGGGAAUCGCCAGCUUUUCUCCGUUCCGGUUCAAACCAUUUCGGUGGUCUCCUACGUUCUUCACUCGGAAUGUCUGCAGAAGAAGAUGGCUUUGUCCCUGGUAAAGGAAGAAAACGUCCGAGAUACAGCUUGCAACGGGAUGACUGGCAUCUUUUAGAUGAACCUACAGACCCACAGCAGGUUGAUGAGCCUGCCCUAGAUUGGUGGGAAACAGAUCCCUGGGAAAAGGCUUCGGAAACAGAGUUAAACCAUGAGGAGACAGAAGAUAUUCCCAGCACCUUGCCCGAUAAAGACGUUGUGGUGGACAAUCAAGAUGCUAUGGGAGAAGAAAGAAAUGCCGAAAUGGUGUCAAAUCAAGACGAAGAGAUGGAGGUCAUUCCUGGUAGUUUGCCCCAAAACGACGUUGGCAUGGAAAAUGAAGAUGCCAUGAACGAUGAUCAAGGAAAUGUUGAGACAACGUCUCGAGAAGCUUCGCCCAUAUUCGUCAAGCCCUAUCUUGACUUUUCCGGGGACAUUUUCCAGACACGUUCCACGCAAAACGAUAAUGUCCUAACUGAGCCGAAGACAACCGCUUUUCAAGAUCGCUUGAUCUUAGCAUCCCAUCUGCCUACAGAUACACCUCAACUCCGACCAAUACCUUCUCCCGGUCUUCCGAUCCCGUCGCCAAUUGUAUCAGAUUCGAAUGAUAAUCAAGGUUAUUUUUCAGGACUGCACAACGUCACCGAAUCUGUGUCUUUAGAGGCCAAUCCUAUCAUCACUGCGCCAGAAUCAAUCUCAUUCUCAGCCCCCUCCCCUGGGUCUCCGCCGCGGUCAACUUCAAUGGUUGCUGACCCUGUUCGGAUGGCGCAAAAGGACGAAUCCAUCUUCACAUCAACCAAUCUGGUCACCAGCCAGCCCGCAUCGCCUAUCGUUGAAGAGCAACGAGAGUUGACUGGAGGGUUGGUCCUCGAUCAGACUGAAGCAUUGAUUUCAUCCGAGUCUGUCGAGGACAUUGGGGCAGUUGGAACUGUCUCCGCUAAAGAACCUAUUGAAGAUAACUUUUCUCCACACGACAUAAAUCAAGUCCCAAUCCAACCAGCGGAGCUUGAGCCGAUGACUGAAGAGAUAGAAGAUCCAGUGGACACUGAAAUGGGCGACGCAGAAGCUUCUGCGCCUGAAGCUGACUCCGAGAAUGCUCAGGAAGAAUCCGAUAUUGAGCAGAAGGGUCUGGAAGUUUUAUUACAAGCACAUGAUACCUUGGAUGCAGAAGAGGCUCUAAGACCCAGAGAAGACAGGGUGGAAGAAGAUGUUUCAGAUGAAGAAGUUUUAGAAGAUAAUGCUUCCGAUGUAUCUCAGACCGAGAUGUAUCAUCGUCGCCGUGCCAGCUUUAGUGAAGAUGAAGGUGUCACAGACAAUGAGGAAGCUAUUUACGACGAGGAAAAUGAAGACUCAACGACAUACUCAGAACCCCAAGACGAAUAUGAGGAAGAUGAAUCCCAAGCGAAUGAUAGUGAGAGCGGACGGGAGGAUUUACCAAGGACGCCUGCACAGCCCGAGGUGAUCGUGUUGGAUAGUGAUAGUGAGGAUGAGUCUAGCCACAAUGGUCCGGCAAUAUCCCAAUAUAUGCAGGUGGGACAUGCAACAUGUCGCUCUUCUUCUCCACAAUCUGAAAUGAAUGAAUCGGUUGCAGAUGUGCGACCAAGACAUUCAUCGUCAGAAGCCGAACAAUCUGAAAUGGAUGAAUCGGUUGCAGACGUGCCACAAAGACAGUCACAGUCAGAAGUUGAAGAAUCCGAUGAUGAGGACGAAGAGGUCAAUGAAGAGGUCGAUGAAGAGGUCGAUGAAGAACUCGGAGAAGAAGUCGAUGAAGAAGUCGAUGAAGAAGCAAGCCCCUUGUAUGGUGAGUCGGAAUCUGAAGGUGAAGAAGAUUCAGAAGCCGAUAAGCCUGCUGUCUUCGGCCAGUAUGACCGAGUUCGCGACAGUGACAAAGAAGACGAAUCGUCAGUGGACGUUCUUGCACGAGAUCACUACUCAGCACGAUAUUCCAGUCAACGUUCUUCUGUGGAGGAAGGUGACGAUCAAACCACUGCUCCAGGAACCGAAGCUGAGGCUAUGUCAUCCAAAGGAUAUAAUUCCGAGGACGUUAUCAAAACCAGCACCAACUCAGAAUCGGUCAUUGAUCUGGACUCAGACGAAGAUGAAGACCAAGCCCCCGAAGCUAGGGAAUCUACCUUUCCUCGAGAAGAUUCGGCACCAGCCAGUCGGAUUGAGAAGGCUUGGUCUACGAGAACCAUUGACAUGUUAGAUGGAGCCAACGACCAGGAUCUAGACGAAUCUGUAUCUUCUCAGAAAGCGGACGCCCAAGCUGAAGACAAGAACAUCCAAGUCACAUUCGAGGAGUCUACUGGUAAACAACUGUUGAACCCUGAUCCCACACAAGCAUCUAGUGGCUUGCGGCCUGCUGUCCAGAUCGACAAUGAUGUAGAGGCACCACCAGAAGAAGACACUGAGGAACUUUCCAUGGCCCCAGAUUUCUUGUUGCCCCCGACUUCAGGCCUUGCAACAAAUGUCACAGACCCAGUUGAACAAGCUGCGGUUUUGUCGCAUCUUGAACAGGCGCAGAUAUCCCAAGGUAUACCAGAUGAGCAUCACGCCGGCUAUCCGUUAGUCGUCGUUCCCUCAACUGAGACCCGUUCAUUUGAUGAACAGCCACAAGCUGCACGAGAUAAAUCGCCGGAUACCACUACUGCCGCCCUUAGCCAGCUUCCAUCUCCAGACCGUCAUGCCCAUGGAUUGCGGAGCAAGCUGUCUUACUUCGCACCUCUCGCCACACUCAUCGACCAUUUUGGGGCUUUGGUAGAUACCGUUUCAAUUGUGCAUGAAAUAUCACCAAUUGCCAAGUCAACCUCUGGCUCCAAGGACUAUUUCAUGACCAUUCAACUUACCGAUCCAUCCAUGGCUGGGACUGUUCUCCAAGCUCAAAUAUUUCGACGUUACAAGUCUGCAAUGCCUACACUGGCGGAAGGAAACGCUGUGUUACUUCGCGAUUUCAAGGUUCGCAGUUAUGACCACUCGAUGGUGCUGGUCAGUGUUGAAUCCAGCUCGUGGGCUGUCUUUGAUGGAUCUGGACCGGAUGCACAAGUAGAUGGUCCACCGGUCGAAUAUGGCUCGGAGGAGCGGGCUUAUGCAUCUGGUUUGCGGAACUGGUACAGUGAAGUCGGUGCAAGCAUGGUCGCUGAUCACAUGCUUCAAGUAUCCAUCAUGAGAGAUAGCAUGGACAGAGAGGGCAGCUCUGUUCUCAGUGAAACUGGAAGCCUUGAAUCUCCAUCUCGCGACGUUCUAGCAUCGACUCGAGGCUCACGACGCCGCAGAAGCCACCGCCGAGUUACUAUCCAUGAGCUACGAGAUGGCCGACGCUACGCUGAAGUUGGAUCACCGAGCACCAAAGAAAGUAUCCAUGAAUUGCGUGACGGUACCGUCUAUGCUAAUCAGUGA